AUGACCAAGCCUCAGUUUCUCCUCGACCUCGAGCGCGACGGAUACGUCGUCGUCCCCAACGUCAUUCCCGAGGAAGAAUGUGCGGCGUUCCGCGAGGCUGCGCUCGAAUGGCUCGAGAGCUUCCCGUAUGGGUUCAAGCGCGACGAUAGGUCGACUUGGGCAGACGAGCAUUUGCCGUUUGGUACUACUGGCGGUCUAUACAACCGGUACGCAGUCAACCACGAGGCCUUUGUCUGGCGUAUCCGUACCCAACCCGGCAUCCUCGACGUCUUCAACCAAAUCUGGGGCACUGAUGACCUCAUCGCCUCGUUUGACGGAAUGAACACUUCCAUUCCCAUCAACGCCAUUUCUGGACGUACAGACAUUUCUCAAACCCCAGCCUGGCCACACAUUGACCAGAACCCGCGCCGCAUCGACCGUUUCGAGCUAUACCAGGGCAUUGCCAACAUGUCCCCCAACGGACCCGACGACGGUGGUCUGUGUGUCCUCAAAGGCUCGCAUCUACUUCAUGACAAGCACUUUAGUGACAUUGGCGGAUUUAGGCCCGAAGCCGACUUGGGAGAGAAGGAAAACUCGUACCGGUAUCCGCCCCAGGACUUUGAAUGGUACAAGAACCACGGGGCCGAGGUGGUCAAGGUCUGCGCCAACGAGGGCGAUUUAAUUCUCUGGGAUUCAAGGACGGUUCAUUGGAACCGAUCGCCGACGGGGACGCAGACACGCUUCGUUAGCUAUGUUUGCUAUGCGCCAAGGAGCCGGAUGAGCGAAGACGAACUCGAGACCAAGCUCGAGGUAUUCCGGAAUCGCGAGGGCACGACACACUGGCCGUUCAUGAAUGUCAUUCCCGCCAGGCGCAAGGUCGGUGGCAUUCCUACUCGUCCGGAUGGUACGCCCGACCCGGCCGACCGCCAGCGCCCACUCCACGACGUGAAGGAGACGCCAGAGGUUAUGCGCCUGGUUGGUGUUCGUGCGUAA